AUGUUACUCCAGCUUGAGAAGAAUGUCAGCCGACUUCGAGAAGAAGUUCGCCAUUUGAAGUGUAUACGUCGGGACGUGGAGCAUGUUCGGAGCUUCGGCCGUAACUCAAGGACUACGGUUGCCAAAAUGUUCACCUUGCUGGACACCAAUUUCCGCUCUCCCUGGCGCAUGCAGAGUGCUGCACGGUACCUACGACACGCCAAGCCACCGGAGAAUGUGUUCGCCUUGCAGUCAUUUGCUGGUGUCCCUGAUUUCGGAGAUUUAUACGGUAUGACGGCUCUCAUCAUGCAUCUGCGAUGCUACUGGUAUUACUUCAAAGACUCGACCAUCCAGUUACAGCGGGUCGACUUGAAAGCACCUGGGGUUAUAAUUGCUACUGCGAGAAUUACUGUCACAAUCUCAGAUCUCACGUUACAGGAGUUAUUCCCUCAUCUACGAAUGACUAAACGCAAUCGAGAGGUAAACGACGUGCACCGACCAUCGCGUGAGCGGCUUUUGGGGCGGAGAUUUCAUUGUCAAUGCGUCAUCACUUUCUUCCUGGACAAAGAAUCUAGCCGAGUGGCAUAUAUAAGCACCAGUAUUGACCUGGUAGGCUCACUUCUUCACUCGCUUGCUUGA